GCCAAACAACGACACAUACUUUCAUUGAUACCCACGCCAGACACGCGCAAUUCCUUUGAGGUGUUAUUCAAGCUCCUGCUGUAAGACAGUCUUGUGCGAGCCAUUAUUGGAGCCCGCCUGCACGCUCAAAGGCGCCCGCCGUUACUCAUCCACCGCAACUUGCGUCACCCCGCGACCCUCACAAACAGACGCGCCCGAGCGAACAAUCACUGCUCUUCAAGAUGUCAUCCACCGAAGAGCCCACCGCAGCGCCUCCAGCUGAGGAGACUCCAGCGGAAGAAAGCUUGGUUGCGCAAGCCAAAGUCGACGGUAGUGGACCUCCAGGAAACGGCUCUGACAUUGUGGAGACUGAGUUCAACGUCGAGGUGAAGCUUGCAGAUAUGCAAGCGGACCCAAACAACCCUCUGUUCUCUGCGAAGACGUUCGAGGAGCUCAGGCUCUCUGACGACCUUCUCCAGGGUAUCCGCUCCAUGAACUUCCGCAAGCCAUCGAAGAUCCAGGAGAAAGCCCUGCCUCUACUCCUCAUGGACCCUCCCACGAACAUGAUUGCGCAGUCACAGUCGGGAACCGGCAAGACUGCUGCUUUCUCUUUGAACUGUUUAUCGCGUGUCGACAUCUCACAGGUGAAGCCGCAGGCAUUGGUGCUCGCACCUAGCCGAGAGCUUGCACGUCAGAUUCUGGGAGUGAUCACACACAUGGGCCAGUUCAUGCAAGGUCUAAAGACGAUGGCCGCCAUUCCUGACCCGUCCAGGCGCGGCCAGAAGUUCGAGGCUCAUAUCCUCGUUGGCACACCAGGAACCGUCACAGAUAUGCUGAGGAGACGCCUGAUCGACCACACAGGCAUCAAGAUUUUAGUGCUCGACGAGGCCGACAACAUGCUUGACCAGCAAGGUCUGGGCGAGCAGUGCACGCGUGUCAAGACCAUGCUUCCCAAGGACUGCCAGACCGUACUAUUCUCUGCGACAUUCCCUUCCAACGUCAUCUCGUACGCCAAUCGCUUCGCACCAAAGGCCAAUGUGCUUACCCUGGCCCACGAGGAUCUGACUAUUGAGGGCAUCAAGCAGCUGUACAUCGAUAUCGACAAGGACAACGACAAGUACGCGACACUGCUGAAAUUCUACGGGCUCAUGACACAAGCCUCCUCGAUUAUCUUCGUGCGAACCCGCAGAACUGCUGAGGAGCUCGAACGUCGCAUGGUAGCAGAGGGACACAAAGUCGCCCAGCUCAGUGGUGCUCUGGAAGGCCCCGACCGUGACAGGAUUAUCGACCAAUUCAGGUCCGGUGAGGCCAAGGUGCUGAUUACGACGAAUGUCCUCGCCCGUGGGAUAGAUGUGCAGUCCGUGACGAUGGUCAUCAACUACGACGUUCCCACCAUGGCUAACGGCCGUGACGCGGACCCCGAGACAUAUCUGCACCGCAUCGGUCGUACCGGACGAUUCGGACGUGUUGGUGUCGCGCUGACCUUCGUACACGACAAGGAGAGCUGGCAGCAGCUGAACGAUAUCGCGGUAUACUUCAAGACCGAUCUUGUACCCAUCGACACGAGCGACUGGGAUGCUGUGGAGGAAUUGAUCCAGAAGGUCAUCAAGAGCUCCCGCGCGGGCAAGACUACCAAGGAGAUGAACGACAUCGUUACUGGUGACGCUUAGGCGAAAGCAAACGAAACGAAGAUGAUGGAUAUGUAUGUGUGGACGGAUAAUACACUGCGGCGCCAAUCUAUGAAGUACGCGCAAUGAAGGAGGAACAUUGUCCUUACAGCGAGCAUGGGCAUGGACCAAAGAGGUCCGGAUAAUAGACACGACACAUGC